AUGCAUGUUUCCGAUCCAGGAGAUCCCGCACCUGCAUUUGAGAGCGAGCCCGCUUACUUGGGCCUGACUCCAAUCCAUCCGGCUCCGGCUCCAGCUCCAGCUCAGUUUGACCUUGAGUACUUUGAUUCUCCAUCCGUGGAGCCUAGUCAUGUUGCUUACAGCCCCUGCGGACCGCCGCCAAUUUACCCUGUUUUGCUUAGCCCUACUCCGCUGGGUCAUCCCUCAUGUGGCCCGCCAAUGAUGGGUGCUUUGCUUCCUUACUCUCAAUUCUUUGCCCCGCCUCCUUUGAACUUUGCUUAUACCAACCCGAAUCCUUUCAUGGAAGCCUCCUUCCCCAGCGAACCUGUUGAGAUUCCAGAGGAAAAUUCCGGCGAUGGCCUUGUUGCUUAUCGUAAAUUCAUGAACUGGAUUCACACGGUGUACUAUUCCUCAAAGUCACCCGACGCAUUUGUGCAAGCCUGGCAACGAGCUCUCAAAGAAAUGAAGCAGGCCUCUGGGCCCCCACAUCUCCCCACAGUCUUUAUUCUCAAUCAGUUCCUUGCUGCGGUCAGUGUGAACCCUAACACUGUUCCAUGGGUUGAGUCACUCCAGUUUGACAAAGGUUCUCUCCCGGCAUCCAUCCUAGAUGAAGCCUACGCCGAUUUUCUGGAGUUUGAGGCAUGUCGACUAGGAGGCCAACUGCUAGUCCCCGGCAACAUAGAUACUGCCGACUCUGACGUGGAUCAAAUUUACGGUUUCCCCAAGCAGUACUGUCCCUACCACCAGCGUCUCACGAAGCACCCUGUUGACGAGUGUUUUCGAAACCCACGCAACACGAAGCGUAAAAGGAAGUGGAGGCGUAGGAUGGUGCAAAUGGCAGCAGCUCUUGAGGCCGAGAAAGGGCGCCGGCUGUGA